AUGAACGAAAUUCCAGAAUGGCAGCUUCUACAGGAUAUUCGGCCUCUUUUCGCCUCGAGCCCAAUUUAUCAGUCUAGCCUCCAAUGGGAGAUCAUAGGCUUAGAAGGCCGUUGCGGAAGCCCUGACGAAACCGAUAAACAUAUGCGGGAUUGGGAAAUUAAAGCUACCAAUGAUUUCAACCUCUUCAAGCAUGAAAUGCGAAGGCUACCGAAAACUGCGCCCCAAGUAGAGCUAUCGUGUGAAGACUUCAAAGACUGCCUCAACCGUCUCCACAAUCUUCUCGAUCUUCUCAGUCAACUUAUCAAAGACUCUAUUUUCGAGCACAAGUUGUCUCGUAUUGAGACUGCCAUUUCCCCUGUAAAUGCGCGCAGCCCCGGCCAAAAUGAUCACAACAGAACUACAGCUGACGAUGCUACCGAAGAAGUGCAGGACAAUAUAUCAUCAGUUGGAGCCGCCACUAAUUACCCGCCGCCGCCGCGCCGCCGUCGAUAUGCUACAAAUUACUUCUCAAACCCCUUCAAAGAUUUCAAGCUCAAGAAAAGUAGGUUCCCGAGGUUAAGGGUACUCUCUGGAAGGUCAAGGGUUGAAAGCGCGCCGGUAAAUACCGAUAGCGUGCAGAAUUAUCCAAAACUCCGAGCUCUAGGAAAUAUCGUCAACGCCACUUCGCAGGACGGUAAGUAUAUCGUGGAGAAAUGCGUCCCCUACAUAAACCUAGAACAAACUGCAGAAGUCUACGCAAGGGGAUCCCAGAUACUGGCGGCCUGCAAUGCACGGUUCGAAAAAUUGAACACAUCGGAUUCUAGCCAAUCGAGCUUAUCAGGCCCUAUUACUAUCCCAAGGACCAACUGGAGAGAUUCCGAGCCCGCAGUAGCCUCUGACCGACUUUUUAAAAUCUUACAUAAAAAUACUCGUGCUUGCGGGGACAAGACAGGGCACCAGGCUAUGUUGUGUCUCAGUGAUAUUCAGUUAAAUAGCCGUCCAUUGAUAUUUAACACGUUUUUCCUUAGUUGCGAGUACUCUAGCUACUGGCAGGACAGCAGGUUUAACACAAUAUCGAGUUACCGAGACAUGUAUUCUCAGAAAGUAGAACAUGGUGUCGAGAAUCUUUGCAAACUCAUCUAUGAAUACCGCCGGGAACUCCAGUCGAGCUCAACAGCAUUAAAUCUCUUCUUCGAUGAAGAGCAAUUAUUCGUUGCGAGAACAGGCCUUUUAGCUCACCGUGAUGUUUUCCCCGCGAUCUCCCUUAAAGAACUCCUCAGCAAUGGGUAUUUUCGCAAGCCAACAGCUGGAGGAGCGUUCGAUCCAAGAGAUAAGGCUGUUCUAGCCCUUUCGCUUGCUCGCUGCCUUCUUCACCUCCUCCAAGGUCCAUGGAUAAAGCGACCAUGGACAGCAGAUUCAUUUCAAUUCCUCCAUAACAAAGAAACGGCUGAGUUACUGGAUAUUCACCAUCCAUAUAUUCAUUGGCCUCGAGAACAAUUUGCGCCUCACGGUACGGAAGAUGAAACUACAGAACCCAUAACAAUCAAAUGCCGUAGAAUCCUUCUAGAAUUCGCUUGCCUGUUACUUGAGAUACAGAUCGGGGAAACAAUCGCUUUUGAUCACCUCCCACCAACGGAUCUGGAGGGCAGAGAAGAUAUUCUAUAUGAGAAGGUAGAUAACCCAAAUUUUGGCGAAGCACUAGCACAUCACUAUGAUGCCAUCAAAGGGUGUCUCAAAUUCAAAGCGCACCUAGACUUGCAUAGAAAAUACAACAUUGCAACGCCCCUCGAGGAGCAGAUCAGAAAGGUCGUAUACUCUAAUGUCAUAAAACCCCUGGAACAGCAACUUUCGAUUUUUCCAAACCCCAGAACCCUCCAGAUACAACAUAACCUUCAACUUCAGAAUCGCUUGAUAAACCCCAUAAACCCUGUGCAGCCUACGAAAUAUACACAACUUCAAAGAGGGCCACAAGUUCAGCGUAGUCCUCUACCUACUUCCAAGACUUCUCUUGAAGUUCAGCGCGAGAUCCAACAAAACGAAAGCUUAUCAUAUCCUGAAGACUUCAUUCUCACAAACUUGAAAGCGCUCGAAGACCGCAGCGAUCCAAAUCCCGAGAAAACGCCUAGGAAGCUCGAGGCAGACGGAUUUAUCACCGACCAUAACCAGAAUCCUACUAGCGUAAAAAAAUCUCCAAAACCAAAAGCCUACGAGGUUGCGGUGUUGUGUGACGAUGAUUGGCCAUCCAGAGACAGUCCAAGUGAACUGAAGGAGGAUCCGAGAGCUCCAUUGAAGCACAAAUUGGAAAACAUACUCGGACUUAUCGCUCCUAUGAACCCUCCAAAUGUUAUGAUUCGCUUCGUUAAUUACGGGUGGGAUUGCAACGGGACCCAGGAUAACCCGCCUGUGAUAGAUCCUUAUCGGUUUAAGACGAAACCAAUUGAGGGCGGCGCACCGAAAAGUUUAGGAGCAAGCCUAGACGAAAAGAUUGUUCAACCAUUGGUUGUACAACAGAUACAAAACGGAAGGCCCAAGAAUCCUCUUAUUAUAAUUGUUCUUCUGGGGACAACGACCAUUAUAGAUGAUCAGGAUUCCUUCAAAAAGACAAUCUUGAGCUGCAAGCACCCUGGCGACAUAGAUGAAUAUAGCCAAACUGCUGUACUUUUCAUCUUCUCUGGAAUCAGCAGUAUCGUACAUAAACCUACCCAACGGUUCCUGAGUGGGCUAGUGAAAUACAAGGAGCUAAAAGAGUGGGUGUUCUAUUCAACUAAAGCGCUCGACGAGAACUGUGCUGUAAUGCAACGCGCGGUUGCUGUCGGUAUGGCCCAAAAAAACCCAAGAUAUGCAAAACAGUUAUUUGAGCUAUUCAACGGCGUUCUUGAAAACUAA